AUGGCGGAAGGUGUGGGGUCGAAGCUUGAAGCUGUACUUAAAAAAUUUGAAAAGCUUGAUACUAUUGAAAGCCGCUUGAGCCAGAUGCACACAACACUAGCAAGUAUUGAAGAAAAUGUAAGCGGGCUGGAUUCGGAAGUGGAAGAUCUCAAAACAAAGUCCAAACAGCUUGGCUCAACAGUCAAUGAAUUGAAAGAAAGCAUCCAAUUUAAUGAGAAGGACAUAUCCGACUUAAAACUUGAAAACAAAAAGUUACAACAGGAUGUUUGCGAGCUCUAGAAACAACUUCUUUACAUGGAGACUUACUCAAGGAGGGAAAAUGUAAAGUUUGUGGGGCUCCUAGAAGAGCAAGUUGACAACAUGAAUGGUGGUGACGAAGAUCCCAAUAGCGCGCAAGCACAAAUAGAAGAUACAAGAGGGAUUAUCUAUAAAUUUCUCGAACAUCAACUAAAGAUUCCAAAUGUGCGAGAAACAAUUGAAUUCCAAAGACUUCACCGCUUACGAAAACCAAAAAAUGGAAGCUCGCGUCCGAUUAUUGCAUGAUUUUUAUGUUACGAGGAUAAGGAACUACUGAUGGAUCAGGCCCGAAACGUCUGAAGGACACGGAAUUCCAUGUCUACGAUGAUAUCCCAAAAUUGCUGUUCGAGUCGAGGAACGGACAAAUGAAGAAGUUUCAGUAAAGCUCAGCCCGACAAACUGUAUGUCAGCGGAAAGUAGAUUGCCCCUGGUGAACCAAUAGAGUGAUAUCCUUUUCAAUAAUAAGUUUUUCUCUGUGAAUGCCAAAUAAUUUAUUUGCAACUACUUUUCCACUCAUUUAAUGUGGUUUUUUUUUAACUCUUAUGUAAACUAUGUCAGGGUGUUCUAUAUAUAGGAACUUCGAUCGGGCUAUUACCAAAAGUGACGGAACCCAAAAGGAUUUAUCACCGUCAUAUGUGUCUGUAUCUGUGUUUAUGUUCUUCUGUGUGUUAUUGUCCAUCCUUUUCAUGUACCUUGUACAAUUUGCAAAUAUCUAGGCCUAGUAGUUACAAUGCUAAAUUACAUAGCUGCUCUUUUGACACUCUCAACAAAGGACUUCCUUUCUCACCUUUUCACCAUGCAACCUGAUGAUAUGGUAAUUUCUCCCUAAACGUCAGAGGUUUGUCAAACAAUACUAAACAGAGAGAAACGUUUUUAUGGUUAAAGAAAAAAAGUCCUGUAUUUACUUUUUGCAAGAGGUGUAUAGCACAAAUGAGACAGAACCUUAUUGGCACUCUGAAUGAGGAUAUUCAACUAUUUUUACAACCUUCUCACGCUCUAGGGCAGGCGUUACUAUACUAUUCGACAACAAUUGUCAAUUUCAAAUUCUGAAACAUUUUGCCCACCCCGAAGGGAGGUUUAUUAUUACAGACAUAGAUACUGGGGACAAAAUUAUGACACUAGUAAAUGUCUACGUUCCUAACGAGGGCAAUCCAGCCUUCUUUAGAAACGUGCGUGACAAGCUGUGCUACUUUGAAUUGCGAUUUUGUAGUCUUUGGUGGCGACUUCAACUUAGUUUGUGAUGUUUCUAAAGACAAAAAAGGGGGUGUUGCCACAACACACUUGAAAUCUAAAGAUGAAGUAGAGGCUAUCAGAGAAGAUUUCGAACUGGCUGAUAUUUCCGCUUAGAUUUCUUCCUCAUUAGUCUUACUCUUUGCCCAAAGAUAACGGAAGCCGACAUAGUGCCCGGUUACCGAACAGACCACUGUUAGAACCACGGUUAGAAGAAGAGGUUUUAGCACUCGAGAAUGAGCUUGACAAACGUAAUGUAUCAGAUAAAGUGAAAGAAAACAUACAGACUGAACUCAGAAUUAAGAAACAGCAAAUAGAAGAAAUAAUCGCCUAUGAAACUCAAGUGGCUAUUCUUAGAUCAAAAGUGAAAUGGUAUAAUGAAGGAGAAAAGAAUACAAAACAUUUCCAUAAUCUAGAGAAGUGGCACUUUAAUAGUAAAACCAUAAGGUACCUCCAAAGCGCAAAUGGGAAGAAGUUUUUGACGGGAGGAGAGAUUCUAGACGAAGCAAAAAACUACUAUGAGCAUCUUUACACGACUACAAGUGUUGAUGUCAAUGAUUGUGAUAAUUUUUUUUUUCCUGAGGUUACUGAAACAAAGCUAGGUAAUAAUCCCAAAGAAUCUUGUGAAGGCCUGCUGUCAGCAACGGAAUGCUUAGAGAGUCUAAAAACAAUGGAAUCGGGUAAAUCGCCUGGGACGGAUGGUAUUCCAGCAGAAUUUUAUAAAGUUUUUUGGGACGAUCUGUCUCCCUUUUUACUCGCCGCUUUAAACUCGUCUUUUACCCAGGGACCCCUUUCCAUCUCACAAGGCAGUGGAUUGAUAACCCUGAUACCAAAGAAAGACAAACCGCUACAGCAUCUAAAAAACUGGAGACCUAUGAAUGA